AUGGCUUUCACCAGUUUAUCACAGGGAGCCUCACUGCAGUCUGUACAAAUUACUCCGCCUGGGUCCAUAGGUGAUGAGGAGGGAUAUGAUCCGAACAUAUUUGUCACGAGCCCUACAAAUUAUAUAUGUCAUGAAUGUCAGAAAGUGUUACGAUCACCCAGGCAACUAGAGUGUGGUCACCGAUAUUGUAAUAACUGCUGUGAAAAAUUACUUAGCCAAUCAGACACUCCUGUUUGUCAAGUUGAGGACUGUAAGGAACCUAUAGAUCGUAAAGAAAUAGUCAGAGAUCAUGCAGCAAGACGGGAUAUUAUGUUAUUACCAGUUUUUUGCGAAUUUCGAAACAAAGGUUGCAAUACUAAAGUAAAACUCAACAGUUUACAAAAUCAUCUUCAAGAAUGCGACUUUACUGUUAUUGACUGUAUUCAUAAAAAGAUGGGAUGUACUUUUCAAGUUGAAAGAAGGUUUUUAGUGGAACAUUUAGCAUCACAGUGCCUCUAUAGUACGGUAAAAUGUAAACAUUGUGAAGAACAGUUCUCAAAAGACGAGUUAGAUGAACACAUUAGAAGAUGUCCACAAGCACCAGAAUCUUGUCCCAAUGGAUGUGGAGUCAAAGAUAUCCCAAGAAUUAAGCUUGAGGAGCAUAUAUUGGAAUGUCCAUUGCAACAACGUGAAUGUAGCUUUCGUGGGUAUGGAUGUACUUAUAAGGGACAUGUGACUGAUAUCCAACAUCAUCUAAAUACAGCAUCCUCAGAACAUAUGCAAAUGAUUCUGAAGUCUCAUGAGAAAUUGGGGUUGAAGCACGCAGAACUUGACAGAAAAUAUUCAGAACUAUACAACCAGAAAAGUAUUGUCGAUAACAAAUUCAAACAACAAUUGGAAGAGUUACAAGAAAUCAGACAGAAAAAUAUGAAACUUGAAGAAAGAAUCAAAGAUUUACAUAAAACCCUAGCAACACAGAAUGACAAGAUAAUAAAACUGGAACAUGAUUUGAAAGAGAAAGCUUUGAAGACAGAUGUAGAGAAAAACAGAACACUUGUAUAUGCUGUUCAGGAGAGUUGUGCAGAGUUAAAAACCCGAAUGGACCAGAUUGAAAGGCGACCAAUGGUUAGAUCUUCUAAUGGUGCAAACUCCAAGGAUGUCGAUGAGUUACGUAAACAGCUUGCACAAGUAGGUACACAGCUUGGUCUGCAUGAUGUAAGACUUGCAGAACAGAAUCUACAUUUCCAAGUGUUAGAAACAGCUUGUUAUGAUGGGAUUCUGAUAUGGAAGAUCAAAGACUUCGCAAGACGUAAACGUGAAGCAUUGUCUGGAAGGACGUUAUCACUUUACAGUCAACCAUUCUAUACCAGUAAAUACGGCUAUAAGAUGUGUGCCAGGGUGUAUUUAAAUGGUGAUGGUAUGGGUAAAGGUACUCAUAUGUCAUUAUUCUUUGUUGUGAUGAAAGGUGAUUAUGAUUCCCUGUUACAGUGGCCAUUCAGACAAAAGGUCACCUUGGUACUCCUUGAUCAAGCCACAGGUCGACGUAAUCUCUCAGAUACAUUCAGACCAGAUCCAACCAGUAGUAGCUUCAAGCAACCCACUGAUGAUAUGAAUGUAGCUUCUGGUUGUCCACUAUUUGUCUCUCAGUCUGUAUUGGAAACUCCAACUUACAUCAAGAAUGAUACAUUAUACAUCAAGGUGGCUGUUGAUACAUCGGAUUUAUAUGGCCCAUAACUAUGAGUGGGAGGGGGG